UCAAAUGUCCCUCUGUCCCAAGAGGAGCCACCAGUAUGUUGAGUGGGAGGUGGGAUCCUGUAACAAAGAGGCUUUAAAGUGUGCCUCAGCUUAUAGCACCGAUAUAUGGAGUACAAAUCACUUACAAUCAAAUGAGAAACUGCAUUUUCUUAAAACCAUAUUUUAAUUUUGCCCUUUUUAGUACUCAUUUUUCCCACCAUUUUCCGGACAUGUUUCAUGUCUUCUGCACUGUUUGUGUUUCUAGAAAUCUCAACCUUUCACUCCACAAAAAAACCCUGUUUGUGUCGGUCUCUUUCCUUCUUUUUCCUCCUUGAGUCUCUUUCCCUCCCCCUCUUCCUGUAACACAAAUCUGGAUCAUUUGCAACUUCACUUCAGACAUCCAUGCAAACAUCAGGAGAUACUCAGGAAGAAGCUUCACUUUCCGCAUCUCCGGCCUCUCAGCUUCAGUUUAUUAGAUUUACUGCAUUUUCUAACAUCUAACUUUACAAUUAUUAACCCCUCUAGUCCCAGUAUCACAUACAACAUCUUAAUAACCCUGCCUGCUUCUUCCUAACAAUCCAAAUUCUGUUACUUACUGUGUAGAUUUAACAUCCUCUUCAGCUUUUCUCCACAACUACCCGCAUUACUAAGUGCCCAUCCCUUCUCACUCCAUCUACCAAGUAAGCUUCUUCUCUACUUCUCUGUGUUUCAUUCUCUCCAUCACUCUCAUCUUUCUACACUUUUGCUGUGGCCCCUGCCUGGGGAUGAGUGAACAGGAAGGUGCAGACAGCUCCAGCAGCUUUUCUCUGGAUAAAGAAUUUCUCAACUCGCUGAAAGGACGUAUUCUACUGGCAGAGCUGGUCCUCUGCUUUGUGAUAUUUAUCUGUUUUGCAGCCUCUAUAUCUUCCUAUUUGGCAGCCCCCCUGAUUGAGCUUAUAAUCACUCUCAUCUUCCUCAUCCUUUUCUCAAGUCACUACCAUCUGCGUGUCACUGCUCUCAACUGGCCCUGCGUGGAUUUCAUGCGCUGUGUCUCAGCCGCAGUCAUUUUUGUGGUGGUCUCAAUUGUAGCUGCUGCACGGAGUUCAGGAGAUGGAGGAGCAAUUACAGCAGCGCUCUUUGGAUUCCUACUGGUAGGAGUAUUCUGUUAUGAUGCUUAUAUGAUUUACAAGAUAGAAAUAACAGAUCGGACAGCUGAGACCGGAGAUGGUGCUGCUAAUCCAUAAUGACCACCCAAGGACUGAAAACUGACACAUGGGAUUAAAACAGAGACAUUCUGACAUCAUAAGGUUAAAAUCCUCAUUCUAAUCUAUUCAAUACUCAUUUCACCUUCAACUUGUUCUGCAUUCUCAGUAUUUCUCAACAAACCUGUCCUGAGCCAACACAUCAAAGUUCAUAUAGGAGACAUAAAUGUGAAGAUUGUAUUACAUCUGUGCCUAUUAAAUGUGUGUUUAGUCUACGUAUAAGACUCAAUAAUGAUUGAAUUGUAUGAGCAUACGCAACUUGUUGUUCUGCCAAAGUGUAGGGUGGGUGGACUAUGUGAUUAUAUCAACCCUUUUAACGACCAAAAUGACUAAUGGUCAUGUGACUUUAGACAGGUGUGCUUAAAAUUCAUGUGAUUGCGUAUGUUACACAAUAUUCUGGGCUACAGAUAACCUUAUUAGACACACUAAAUGUAAAUGCUUAUUAAAGUGUAUGAUGUUUAGUAAGUUUCUCUAUGAUGGAUAUUUUAAUUACUCUUUUUUUGUCGUGGGCCAAAUAAAAGUUGACUGCAAUGACAAUUUAAUAACUGAGCAGUGCUCUGAUGAGCCACCCAGAGGAUUAGAAAGGGAAAUACUACCUACAAAACUCAUCUUUUUGUGGGCAUCUUUUUCUACAAAACUAUAUAUCAGUCUGCUCAGCUCCUUCUGCUCUAUACCAUUCUGUGUGCGGAUUGCACUGUAUAGACAAUGUGAAAAGGUUCCCAUGGAGGUGUACAGCCCCAACUGACAUUUUGCUUUAGGCCCUCAAAUUCAUAGUUGAUUGAUGUUUAACCUAUACUUAUUUUGAGAAUUCAGCAAAUAUAGAUCUUGUAGGCAUCACAUGGAUGGUGAACAGCAUCCCUUCAUUUUCUGAAUAAUAAAAGUAACUUUCCAUCUUGUUGUAUGCAUAUACAGUAUUAUGUAGGAGUAUGGGCUUCUUGGCUAUUCUUUUCAUAAGUUUACAAUUUAUUUCAUAUAGUGGCAAACAAUUGGCCAUGUUUACCUAACAACACCAUACACACACAUGGGCAUUAUUUAUCAUGCCUUCACUCCAGAAUUCUGUCUUGAAAAAGUCAUAAAAUGGCUCUUUUUUUCACAAGUCCAAAAGGACCAAUUUGCUACUUUUUGAAUGCAGACUUCUGGAGUGAAGGCAUGAUAAAUCAGGGCCAUAGUGACAAACAAUUGGUCAUGUUCAGCUGACAACAUCAUACACACACCAUUUCAGAACGAGAACCAAAUACAGCAUAAGAGA